GCUGUCUCAAGCUGUCUCUGCCUCUGUGCCUGGCCCUUGCCCUGUCCCUCUCUAGUGUCACCCUUCCCUGUGCCACAUGGGCCCUCUGUCUCCUACCAGGACCAUGCGCCUCUGGGGGCCUCGGAGCCUGGGAGUGGCUCUGGGAGUCUUCAUGACCAUCGGAUUUGCCCUCCAGCUCUGGGGGGGUCCCUUCCAGAGGAGGCUACCUGGGCUGCAGCUCCGACAGUCCUGGGCCUCAACCCCAAGACCAGCUGUUCCAUCCUGCCUGCCACGGCAGCGACUCGUGUUCCUGAAGACGCAUAAAUCCGGGAGCAGCUCUGUGCUGAGUCUACUUCACCGCUACGGGGACCGACACGGGCUGCGCUUCGCCCUCCCCGCCCGCUACCAGUUCGGCUACCCAAAGCUUUUCCAGGCCUCUCGGGUCAAAGGCUACCGCCCUCAGGGUGGAGGCACCCAGCCCCCCUUCCACAUCCUCUGUCAUCACAUGAGGUUCAACCUGAAAGAGGUACUUCAGGUCAUGCCUUCUGACAGCUUCUUCUUUUCCAUUGUCCGAGACCCAGCGGCUCUGGCCCGCUCUGCCUUCUCCUACUAUAAAUCCACAUCAUCGGCUUUCCGCAAAUCACCAUCCUUGGCUGCCUUCCUGGACAAUCCCCGAGCCUUCUACCAGCCCGGGGCCCGUGGGGACCACUAUGCACGCAACUUGCUAUGGUUUGACUUUGGCCUCCCCUUUCCCCCAGAGAUGAGGACCAAGAGAGGGAAUCCUCAUCCCCCCAGAGAUCCCAACCCGCCACAGCUGCCUUCUGGUGUUGGCGCGCGAGCCCACACCUUGGAUCCCAAUGCUCUCUUCCAUCCCGUUCCCACUGUUGCUGAUGGUCACAGCCAGACGUCCAGCUCUGCCUCUUUAGAUUUGGGGUCUUCAUCCUUCAUCCAGUGGAAUCUGGCCUGGCUGGACUCUGUCUUUGACCUGGUCUUGGUGGCCGAGUACUUUGACGAGUCAUUGGUCCUGCUGGCCGAUGCCCUGUGCUGGGGUCUAGAUGAUGUGGUGGGCUUCAUGCACAACGCUCAGGCUGGAGGUGGGCAGGGCGGAAGUGCUGUCGGCGAUGGGGGACUGACUGCUGAGGACAGGCAGCUGUCUGCACGGGCCCGAGCCUGGAACAACCUGGACUGGGCUCUCUAUGUUCACUUCAACCGCAGCCUGUGGGCCCGGAUAAAGCAAUACGGCCAGAGCCGGCUGGACAGUGCUGUGGCGGCGCUCCGGGCUCGCCGAGAGGCCCUGGCUAAACACUGUCUGGUGGGGGGAGAGGCUUUAGACCCCAAGUACAUCACUGACCGGCGGUUCCGCCCUUUCCAGUUUGGGUCAGGUAAGGUUUUGGGUUACGUGCUUCGGAGUGGCCUGAGCCUCCAAGACCAGGAGGAGUGUGGGCGCCUGGCUACCCCUGAGCUACAGUACAAGGACAAGCUAGAUGCCAAGCAGUUCCCCCCAGCAGUCUCUGUGCCCCUCAAGACUUCAAGGCUACCCUCCCCCUAGGCAUCAGACCACUGAGUCUUAGGCUGAAAAGCAGCUGAGCCACAGGGGCACAGUGAUGAGUGUGGGGCAGCCAGAUGCCCUUUCUGCUUCCCCCAGAGACCAUGUCUGCUCCCCAAAGGACCAGUGGAACUUUGCACGGAUGUGGGCCCCACGUCCUCCAGCCUGUGCCGAGGAAUCCUAGUCCUAGAAGCAUCCUCCCCCCAUCUUGCCCCUUCCCCUUUCCAGCACCUCGCCCCCCCCACCCCAGGUCCAAACAGCACUCUCAAAGCCCCCCUGGAGGAGCAAACCAUGGAGUACGGCAGAGAUUGUUUGGGACACAAGGGAUCAGAAUAAUGCGUCCACCUCUCUAUGAAAUAUUUGUUACUGGGCUAUACUCAUUUCACUAUGAAAUGUUUGUUGAAUGA